UUAUCUCCCCGUGCCCAGAUCUGCCCCGCUUGGCCUCGCGACUCCUCUGCGGCAGCGGCUCUUGGCCCCCGAAGAAUGACGGCCUGAGCUGGGAGAGGAGGAAGGGGAAAAGAUGGGCCACGGGGAGCGGCGCCCUGAAAAGAGUAACGCAGAGCGAGCCCUGCCUCUGUACUGCUUCGGGAGGAAUUCUGCCGCGGAAGGGUUCUGGCGUCGGUGAUGAGCAAUGGGGUAUGAUGUAGCACGGUUUCAGGGGGAUGUUGAUGAAGACCUUAUAUGCCCCAUCUGCAGCGGGGUCCUGGAGGAGCCGGUUCAGGCUCCUCACUGCGAGCACGCCUUCUGCAAUGCCUGCAUCACCCAGUGGUUCUCCCAGCAGCAGACGUGCCCCGUGGACCGCAGCGUGGUGACGGUCGCCCACCUCCGCCCCGUCCCGCGGAUCAUGCGUAAUAUGCUCUCGAAGCUGCAGAUCACUUGCGACAACGCUGUUUUCGGCUGCACGGCCGUGGUGCGGCUCGACAACCUGAUGUCUCACCUCAACGACUGCGAGCACAAUCCAAAGCGCCCGGUGACUUGCGAGCAGGGAUGCGGCUUGGAAAUGCCCAAAGAUGAGCUGCCCAACCACAACUGCAUCAAGCAUUUGAGGUCCGUGGUGCAGCAGCAGCAGACGAGAAUCGCUGAGCUGGAGAAGACCUCAGCAGAGCACAAGCAUCAGCUGGCGGAGCAGAAGCGGGACAUCCAGCUGCUCAAGGCCUACAUGCGAGCCAUCCGCAGCGUCAACCCCAACCUGCAGAACCUGGAGGAGACCAUCGAAUACAACGAAAUCCUGGAGUGGGUGAACUCCCUGCAGCCGGCCCGGGUGACGCGGUGGGGUGGAAUGAUCUCCACGCCGGACGCCGUGCUGCAGGCCGUCAUCAAGCGCUCGCUGGUGGAGAGCGGCUGCCCCACGUCCAUCAUCAACGAGCUGAUCGAGAACGCCCACGAGCGGAACUGGCCGCAGGGCCUGGCCACGCUGGAGACGCGCCAGAUGAACCGGCGCUACUACGAGAACUAUGUGGCCAAGCGCAUCCCCGGCAAGCAGGCCGUGGUGGUGAUGGCCUGCGAGAACCAGCACAUGGGCGAGGACAUGGUGCUGGAGCCGGGACUGGUGAUGAUAUUUGCACACGGAGUGGAGGAAAUAUAAAGGACUCUGGAAGAGAAACGCUUCGUGCUGGAGAGGGAGAGGAGGGGGAAGGUGGCGAGGCAGAGACUGGGGGGCAGCCGGUCCCCGCCGCUGGCGUUCCCCGCUCGCAGACACGGUUUUGUUAGGGCAGCGCUCCCUCCAAGCUCUUGCUUCCUGGCUGAAACGAUUAAACGCCCCUGGUAACCGCUUCAACCCUCGGCCCAGCAGCGACUGCACCGUGCAGCCCAGCCGUGUUUGCCCUUUGCAGAUCAGCGUUCCCCAUUUUGUGGCUUUCGGGGGGGAAGAGAGAAGGAGCCACCUCCCCCAGAUAACCGCCGGCCUCUUCAGCCCCCGCCGGUGUGAGGCUGCCGCCCCCCCCCCGCGAUCCCGCAGCCCCCUGGCACCCAGGGGGCUCCCACCCUCCUGCUGCCCCCACCCAUGGGUGCUCAGCUCGGCCUCCUCUGCUGCUGCCGGUGUUUGUCUCCAGACACUCGUGAUUGUGGUUCUGUAUUUUUUUGUACUUCUCGCCCUUUUCUUGUUUGUAUCCCCUCCCCCCCCCUCCCCGCCCCCUCCUAUUUCAUUUUCGAAGUACCGUGGACGGGCGCCUCAGCCCCUGGUUGCGUUGACUUGUUGGGAAUUUAAUUUAUUUGCAUUCGU